AUGGCUGAUGAAUCAAGAUCUCAACCUCUCACAGAAAUCACAGGGAAAAUAGAUUUUAUUAGAAAUGUAUAUUAUGUGAUCAUUGAUACUCUUAAAUGUCAACUUAGUUCGAGAAGACAAGCUUAUGAAAAAAUAUCAGAUAUUUAUGGGUGUAUGCCCACAUUGUAUAAAACACUGAAUUCUAUUGUUGUAAGAAACACAUGUGAAACUUUGGCAAAAUAUUUUAUUGAUGAUGUUGAAAACUCAAGCUUACUUAUAGAUGAGUGUAUUCUUUUUUCAAAAUUAAUUUCCACGGAUAAAAAUGUAAAAUCUGUUCUCUCUUUGUAUAAGUACAUCAAGACCAAAGAAUUAGAGUGUAUGUUUCCAAAUUUAGAAAUAGUUAUGCGUAUGUACCUUAGUACAGCAGUUUCAAACUGCUCAGGCGAAAGAGCUUUUUCUGUACUUAAAAGAGUAAAAUCCUACUUGAGGUCAACCAUGAAGGAGGAAAGACUGAAUGCAUUAGCAAUAUUUAGCAUUGAAGCAGAAUUGGUUGAAAAAUUAGAUUUUAAUGAUACUAUUAACACAUUUGCCCAUUAA